CGCCGAGCCGGCAGCACGCACAUCGCGGUUCUCGAUCAUAACACGAAGAAAAAAAAAAAGAAAUCAAAAACUCCAUAGCAGGCACACUCAUCGAUAACGUAUGCGAUUCGAUUCGACACUAAAGAGUUUUGGAAACCGAUACAUACGUGCAGUUGUUUACAAACGAUUGGAAAAGUGCACCGGUUUAAUUAACGAGUUGUUUCUCGCCGAUUGUAUCGCGGAAGUGUACAUGUGUGGUUGAACUUGCAUAGUUUCUGGAAGGUCAAGGAAUUCCAGUGGUUUAUGCUUGAUUUCGUCUGUGGAUGCGUCCGCUGUGCAAUGCUAUUGCUCUGUCGCGCUAUAUAUCGAUUACAACGCAAUGGUUGCAAACUACUAAAGACAUUGCAGACUCUUGAAAAUGUUGGAAAUACCAGAUAACAUAUCGGAGGCAAGCUUCGUGACAAUUGUGGAGGAAUCGAGUCGUGUGGACCAAUGCACUCAAACUCCGCCUGGAGGAAAGAGCAAGCUGCGCUGUCUGCAAAGAUACCACACGUCUGACCACCUGUAUGAAAGGUCGCACCGCCCGCGGCUCAAAGAAGCACGCCCGAAGAGUUUAGGAAUUAGCGACUCGUAUCCAAUAUUUGGAAAACCGCCGAGCUAUGAUAGCCAUCCAAAGUUUAAAGUGAGCGUGACAGACAGCCCCACGAUAUCGGUGACUCCGCCGCAUAGCCUCGAGUACGCGUAUGCGAAAGGCGGGAGCAGCCCGAACGGAUGCGCCACGCCGAACGGGAUGGCGUCUAACCGUUCCGGAGCCACGGUGCUGCUGAGCCCCGGAUACCUGCACACACCCUGCCAAUGCAGCCAGUCGAUAAAGAGCGCAAGCGAGGUGGCGUUAACAAUGCCAGUGCCGCCCGGAUGGAACGAAGAGACGCAGGCGACAGGCCCGUCCGACGGGCUGUCGUGGCGGCGUCUGCACAUGUCCCGUGCCAAGCUCAAGGCCACCGCCACCACGUCUGAGCUGCUGUCUGGUUUCGCUAUGGUUGCAAUGGUGGAACUACAAAUCAACGAACCGACGAAUGUCCCCGAAUGGUUAUUCGUGAUGUUCGCUGUGUGCACUACGGUAUUGGUUGCCGUACACAUUUUCGCCUUGAUGAUCUCCACAUACUUAUUGCCUAAUAUUGAUGCGGUCAGCAAGAUGGAAACACCAGGGGGCCCAACGAGAGCCUUGAGGGACUCCCCACACGAAAGAAUGAGGGGAUUCAUAGAGCUCGCGUGGGCGUUUAGUACUGUUUUAGGUCUAUUUCUGUUCCUGGUUGAGAUAGCGAUACUAUGUUGGGUGAAGUUUUGGGACUAUUCCUUCGCUGCCGCCACUGCAGCAACCGUCAUUGUUAUACCAGUGUUAAUAGUUUUCGUGGCGUUCGCGAUACAUUUCUACCACUCUCUGGUGGUGCAGAAAUGCGAGACUUCCGUUCAAGACAUCGAGCAGUUGGAAAGCAUGAAACGGGACCUAGACACGGCGACCGUCAAAGUCAACAUGUUCUGAAAAUGAUUAAAAGUGUCCAUCGGUGCAUUGCCGAUCUUGCUGCAAUGAAUUUGAAGCUUCGGAAAGCGCACCAAGCUUUCUCCGAAAAGCAGGUCGAAUGCUGAGAUAUAAAAAUGUUGGGAGUUUUACGCGGAUACGAGCGUUUCUCGAGAAAGAUCUGAAAACGAUAUAAGUACUUACUCGAAGAAAUAUAAGAAAAACGAUCUCGAUUGUGGAUCUGAUUACUUUACGAUAAGUUGUGUAUUUUUCAUGGCAAAGGCAAAACGAUAUAUCAUUGGUUAAUGGUCCAAAAUCCGCCUGAACUCUUUUAAGCUUGCUUUAUUGAAAAAAAAAUCUUUAAAUCUAAAUGAAUUGUAAAUGCGAAAAAAAAAUGUUUUGUGUGAAUGAUACAACUCUGAACGGAAUAAUUUGAGAUGAAGUUUGGGAAAUCAUAGUUAUAUGCCUAGUAUGUGUCGUUUUCUGGAGUUUUUAUUCCACUGAAAGAUUCCUUGAAGACUACAAUUACUUAUAAAUUAGUACUUACGACCUAUAUUGAUUUGAAUAUAAGUGUAACAAGAUUUUUUGUCGAAAUUUUCAUCCACCAGAGUAGGUAGAAGGUAAUAGAUUUUACGAUUGCCAUUAUGAAAUUUUCACACCGAAAAAAUAUAACAUAGCUCAGAUAAUGACCUCGCCUCGUGAUGAUGAGAUCAUAAUAUUAAAGUGGGUAGGUACUCAAUACGCCCACGACUAAAUACGUGAUUUAAAGACUACUAAUAUUAUGCGUUUUUAUGGUGCCAAAUUCCAUAUUUUUACCAACCUCGAAUAUCGCUAGAUCUCCAAUUGCUAAUGCGCAAUGACAAGUUGAUUUUUCUAAACAAUAACCAAAAGUUUUAGUUCGGGCUCAAUAAAAUUAAGUGUGGUAGGGUAGAUAAAAUUAUUGUUAAGACAUCAAAGAUGUAAGUCAUGAAAUCAGAAUGAAAUUAGCGUAGAACAAGUAAAAAAUAUUAGGCAACCUAUACCACUUACGGUGACCUAAAAAUGCAUUUGCUUGCCCCCUAGAAUAAAUUAAAUCAAAUUAUAGGUCAGCAACGAAUGACUUUUAUGGCUUCUGCCGCCCCAGGCCAUGGCCCCUUGACCCCAGGCUAAAUACACCACUGAUGACAGAAUUGAACGCACACAAUUGCGCACAAGACUUAAAAUUAAAUAGUGUUUUCUGUCCCCGGAGCAUGAGCACCACUUUUUAUAUUUUAUCACGUUUUAUAUCGCGUAUCACUGUCAGAAUCCAUAGUAAUUUGACACUUCGGCGUGAUAAAAACGCGUAACGUACGAAAACGAAUGACCAAGUAGAGUAGAUUCAAAAUAAGUGAACUUGUGAUAGCUUAUUACGAAAUAUUGUUUUUUAAAAUACUUAUUAAUGAUAUUAUUAUAUAAAGACAAUGUAAAUAUUAAAUAUAAUUGUUCCAUACACUAAUUAUGGUUCUAGAUUAAUUAUGAAGGUAAUGAGUUUAAGUUGUCUGCUAGCAAUGAAUGUAAGAGUUGAUUCUAAUUCGUGUAAAAAAAAUACGCAUCCGUUUAUAUCAUAUCCAAAGUAUAAUUAGAUAGAAACCUUGGUAUCUAUCUUUCAUAUAUGUGAUGUUGAAAGAAAGGUGCUUACAAUAAGUAAAUUUUUGUUUCCCUAUGCCGUGUAAAAGCACGCCAAGGGCGUUUGCAAUGUCCAUCAUUCAGUAAAUGUUCUGUAUAAUAAUGUGUUUAGUCUGUAGGAUAAAACUAUGUACUUAAACCCAAGUGUAUGUAGUUAUGACUCUUGUGUGAGUGUGAUUGGUGGUGCUUACUUUUGUGAUUUUAAUUUCCUAAUAUCUACGUAUUUAUUAUUCAAUAUUAGUUUUCUCAUGUUAUUUCUGUUGGUUUACGUUGUAAUUUUGCAUGGCUAUGAAAAAUGUCCUUUGGAAUUAGAGUCUUUAAAAGGGUACCUUUUAUCGCAGUUUUUUUUGUAAUUUUGGUAUAUAUAAGGACAUAGGAUACUUUUUAUUCCAUAAAUCAUCCAUUGUGGGGUUGAAGUUUGUAAACAAAACCAAUUUUUCCACGCAGAGGAAGUCGCGGGCAAUUUUCAUAGAGAAUUAUUACAAACUGUGACGGACUAUCAUAUUAGUAAACGAUGUUUCAUUUUUUUUUAUGUCCUUUAGAUACUCUUUGUGGAAGUGCAAAAAUAACUUCAAACGUUCUCUGUAAUUUACAUAAUAUUUUUUGCAUUACUACUUAAAAAUAUAUUUUUGAAGCACAAUACUACAUAAAUUAGUUAUUGUUUGUAAAACGUUUGACAAUAAUUCAUUAUCCUUAAUGAGGUUAGAACAGUAUUAAAAUAUUAAUGUAUAAAAUGCACUGUACCUUAUUUUGUUUUAUUUGGCUUAUAAAAAAUACAAUGUUGAAGACUGUAAUAGGUAGAAGCGAAUCUUUAUAAAAACGAAUAUUUAUCUUAUUUUAAAGUUUAAUGAAAUCCAUCAAUGGUUAACUUAAAUCCAUAGAUAGGCUCAGAUCAAAUAAAAAAGUAUUUGAUCUGAGCAGGUAGUAGUAGUACUUAGUUUUUCUGUAGGUGCGUGCGUUUUCUGACUGUAGGUACUUUCUGUUAUUACGAAGGUACCCUCAUUUUUUUUCUAUUACCUACUGCCUUAUAAUCAUUUCUAAACUGUCCAAAAGAAAUGUUUACAUUUACAGUUUUCGAAUGUCCAAUCCGUUAUUUCCUAGUUAUUUUUGAAACAUUCUUCCUUGAAAAUAAUACUUUUAGAAACUGAUUUAAAGAACUGUAUAUUAUUUUGUUAUUGUUUAACAGAUACCUACUAUUUGAACGACUUUUUCAGGUGUCCUUAUGGGAGGACUCUAUAAUUACAAAUAAGGACAAGAAUUUGGUACCUAACUUAAUAAUAAAAUUGUCAUAACCUGCGUGUUUAUACCCAUCACCGCCUCAAUGUCCCCACUAAAGACUGCUAUGGGGCACUUCCCCACAGCUGGGGCGCAGGUUUUCCCAGGCUGAUAGGAUCGCUAUAGGUGGAAGCCACACAACUCAAGAAGUUUCGCAUUUAAGUAGAGUCGAUUGGGGGAAAAUGUUACAAGGAAUAUCUUCGCUUUUUUCUUUUUUGUCUAUGGUCUUUCUUGAUGUAUUUUAUUAGUUUCGUAGGGCGCAAUCCUAAUGAGCUGUCAUCAGACGUCAAAUGGCCAAUACAGAGAUUCUUGAUUGAUGUGUAUGACUGUAACAUGACUUCCACAAAAUUAACAACAAAAUAAAUAAAAUCAUAACAAAAUAAAUGUUAAAAUGCAAUGAAUCAGUAUUGUAAUUCGAUAAUCUAGAAUGUACUUACUAUUACAAUAAAUAAAAUUCUCCCUGUAAGUUUUCUUUAAUUUAAAAACUUAACUCUGUUAGAUAACUAUUGUACUAAGGUACCUAACGUGACCAUACAUACAAAAGCUAUCAGACGUGA